UUACUACAACAAGUCCAGAACAACAAUGAGGCAUCAAUAUCAACUUGACAAGUCCAGCAGCAAAAUCCUCUUCUUAGUUGGGGUCUUAAGUUUAUUGGUCGCCAGUGUGCAGGGAGAUGAUUAUUUAAAAGAAGCACCUUCUUUUUUUAAGGCAUGUUCUUUAAGCGAUCCUAAUAAUGGUGUAUGUUUAGCAAAAGCUUUUGAAGUUUUCUAUACACAUUGGAGAGAUGGUAUACCCGGUUUAAAGAAUUUUGGCAGCAUAGAUCCUUUCCAUGUAAAAAAGAUACACUUGGAACAGAACAAUCCGAAUAUUAAUUUUAAAAUGGAUCUUAAAGAUGUUAUUAUUACCGGACUAGGACAAGCUACUAUUGCUAAAGCCAGUCUUAACGGUGAAUAUAAUUUUAAAUUGUUAACAAAAGUUCCCCAAAUACAAAAUAAGGGUAAUUAUCGUAUGAAAGGCAGUAUUCUUCUUCUACGUUUGGAUAGUACCGGAUUAAUGGAUAAUGAAGUUUCUAAUGUUGAUGUAGUUUUCUCUCUUAAGACCCAACUGAUUGAGGUUAACGGUCAGAAAUUCUUCGAUGUUACCGGCAUCCAAACUUCCAUUAAAAACAUCGAUAAUUUCCAUAUUAAUUUCACAAAUCUCUUCGAUGGCAAUAAAGAAUUAGAAGAUAGUGCCAAUGAUGUAUUUAAUCAAAAUUGGCGUGAACUUUUUGAAAUAAUGCGUCCCGCUUUGGAGGAAACUUUAGAUGCGAUCGCUCUCGAUCGUUAUAAGAAAAUCUUUAGUUAUAUUCCAGCUAAAUAUUUCAUAGCAGAUAUAGCUUAAAUUGCAAACUUUCUUUUGUGUCAAUAGAGCAACUUUGUGAUAAUUUAUUUAAAAAAAAAUUAACUGUUGUUUAUUUGUUUAUUAUAAAUUUUACUUUUUU